UUGCAGAAACCGAUAAAACAUACAAACAAAAAUCGGAUAAGCAACCCGGCGGCUAUCCCUCCUCCUCACAGUCGGCCAUUCUCUCAGUAAGCAUUCCCUAUAUCUCUCUCUCAAAGCCUAUUUUGAGUAGCUUUUGGUAUUGUUUCACAGUUAUCACCCUAUCCCAAAAACCUCCCACCAGGGAAAAGUUCUCAAUCUCUAUUUUAUCUUUUGAAGUAUGCUUUUUGAUUGUUGAGCUUUGGUUAUACACAAGAAGGUGAAAACUAUGGAUUUCAUGGUGCCCAUAAAGCACACCCCUGAAGGGUUUUGCUCAUUUCCAGACUUUCAUCGAGAGGGUACUAGAACUAGAAGUAUUUGUAGUAAUUUUGAAGCUAGGGUUAGUAGUAAAGUGGUUUCAGGCUUUCGUUCUGGGAGAGUCCAUUUGGGCUGCAAAGCUCGCCAUGUCUUCCUGUCCGCUGAUUGUAUUCAGCGUAAAAAACCCGACGGGCCCCGGAAACUGCAACGACUUAAUGUUUCUACUGUUUCCAAGGUCGAAAAUCUUGGCUCAAAUGGGAGAUUGCAGCAUGUUGAGCUGAACCCACAUGGGCAUUUGAAUGGAACAGAAAAUGGUAUAGGGUCUUUGUCGACCACGGCUCAGUCUUCCCGGAGUUUCGAGGAAUCUGAGAGUAACAAUCACCUAAGAAAGUUGGUCAGAAAUGGGGAAUUAGAAGAUGGGUUUAAGUUUCUCCAAAGCAUGGUUUAUCAAGGUGAUAUUCCUGAUAUUAUCGCUUGCACGAGUCUAAUCCGUGGGUUUUGUAAGAUUGGUAAAACCAGGAAGGCUACUCGGGUCAUGGAUAUUUUGGAAGACUCUGGAGCUGUUCCGGAUGUUAUAACGUACAAUGUUUUGAUCAGUGGUUAUUGUAGGUCCGGUGAGAUUGAUAAUGCCUUACGAGUCUUGGACCGAAUGAGUAUUGCUCCCGAUGUUGUCACAUAUAAUACGAUUUUGCGUACUUUGUGUGAUGGUGGGAAAUUGAAGCAAGCGAUGGAAGUUCUUGACCGGCAGUUGCGAAGGGAGUGUUAUCCAGAUGUGAUUACUUAUACUAUACUGAUUGAGGCAACUUGUAAGGAAAGUGGAGUUGGGCAAGCAAUGAAGCUUUUAGAUGAGAUGAGGAUCAAAGGAUGCAAACCUGAUGUUGUUACUUACAAUGUUCUUAUCAAUGGGAUUUGCAAAGAAGGAAGGUUGGAUGAAGCAAUCAAGUUCUUGAACAACAUGCCAUCAUAUGGUUGCCAGCCCAAUGUAAUUACCCAUAACAUUAUUUUGCGGAGCAUGUGUAGUACUGGGAGGUGGAUGGAUGCUGAAAGACUAUUAGCUGAAAUGCUUCGCAAAGGGUGUUCUCCUAGCGUUGUUACUUUCAAUAUCUUGAUAAAUUUCUUGUGCCGAAAGGGUCUACUGGGUCGAGCUAUUGACAUCUUGGAGAAGAUGCCUAAGCAUGGUUGUACUCCAAAUUCCUUGAGUUACAAUCCAUUGCUUCAUGGAUUUUGCAAAGAAAAGAAGAUGGAUAGAGCAAUUGAGUAUCUGGAUGUAAUGUCGUCUAGGGGCUGUUACCCUGAUAUUGUGACCUACAAUACUUUGCUCACUGCAUUAUGCAGAGAUGGGAAGGUUGAUGUUGCAGUCGAGAUACUUGAUCAGCUAAGUAGCAAGGGUUGCUCUCCUGUUUUGAUCACAUAUAAUACAGUGAUUGAUGGACUUUCAAAGGUGGGGCAAACUGAACGUGCAAUAGAACUUUUGGAUGAGAUGCAAGGAAAGGGUCUUAAACCAGAUAUAAUCACCUACUCCUCACUUGUAGGAGGGCUUAGUAGAGAAGGAAAGGUUGAUGAAGCAAUCAAGUUUUUUCACAACUUGGAGGUAUUGGGUCUCAAGCCCAAUUCUAUUACCUACAACUCAGUCAUUUGGGGACUUUGCAAGGCUCAUAAAACCAGCCGUGCAAUUGAUUUCUUGGCUUAUAUGGUAUCUAGAGGAUGCAAACCUACUGAAGCUACCUACUCCAUUCUCAUUGAAGGCAUAGCUAAUGAAGGUUUAGCGAAGGAGGCUUUGGAGCUACUGCAUCAAUUGUGCGCCAGAGGGGUUGUGAAGAAAAGCUGGGCAGAACAGGUAGCAGGCAGGAUGUAGUCUGUAAUGCAUUUCAUCUUUUUCUCUUGGAUGACUGGUCACCGGUGGCUUAUGCCCCUGGAUUUUGUUAGCCUCAAUAGUAAUGACUCCUUAAGAUUCUGAAAUCUAUUGGUUUCUUAUUUGCUUUGCCGGAAGGAGAGAAAUCAUAGAUCAAUUUUGGUGGAUAGUCAUGUAAUCUUGUUGUCACUCUGUUUGAUCUUUGGGUUAUGCUUCCUCUACCUCUCAUUAACAUAUAUGCACUUGUUUAUCUCUU